CCCUUACUUACGCGUGUAUCUUACACGUCUGCGCGGCACAACGCGUGCGGUGUUUGCGGAGGCAAAAGAAUGCAGCUGAUUGUUCAGCUUGGUGAGCAGGUUAGAUAACCUAAUUUCGAUAGUCCUCUCAGAGUAAUGUCGCUUAGGACCUUGUUGUGCGGACGGGGCCAAAUGCUACGUUGGGCAAUUUACUUGACAUGGUGGCUUCACGGAUCAACACAUUCGACUACAUACUCAAAUCAUCUCGAAAGAUGUUGGGAGGUCCAAGGCGACUCAAUCUAGAGGAGCUGCUGUCCGACGGCUCGGUUCUAUUAUUGCUGCCGCGAAUGCUUGGAGGAGCACUGUUGGGGAAGUCUCUCAAGGGCCGGACCCCGGGACUUGACCUUGAGGAAAAGUUCAUGCGGCAGCGUGAGUAUGACGCGCAGAACCAAAAAUAUCAGGUAGCUCGAAAUGAGUUGAAUCGGCGAAUGGAGCAAGAGAGAGCGAACGCACAAAUAAAUCAGCUUAAAAUCCAGAAUCAGUGGCGCAAGAUCAUGCGUCUGGCGAAGGUGGAGUCGCUUCGCAAAGGCAUUGAAAUUCUCUCGCAAAACCACGAACGUGACGUUGAUCGAAAGGACGCAAUCAUUCAGAUGCUGGACCGGGACCUGGAAGAAGCUGAAGGGCAGUUUCACAUGUCGCUGCGAUCUCAUCUCCAGAACGUAGACCAUCUUAUUGACUUGCAGGAUACUCGACUACUGAAGUCGGAACAGGAAUUCGAACACGAGCUUUGUACCUUAGAAGUGGAGUUCCAAGCAGAAAAGGGGGCCAUUGUGAAGCAACAUGUGGCAAAUGAAAGAGAAUUACAUGACGUCAUUGCUGCUAUUGAUAGAGAGGAACAAGAGCACGGUGCAGAUACAAAGCAAGAGCACGACCAAUUGGGCGAGGAGAUACGAAAUAGGAACCUGGAGGAGAUAAACAUGCUCCGUAUUGGCCUUGAUUCAGAGAUCGAGGAUCUUGAACAACAUUUUGAAACUGCUCAUCUUAAUUAUCUCCAAACCACAGAUCAACGAACUCAUGACUUCAAGUACUAUACAAAGAAGGACCAGGAGCUAUCAAAAGAGAUUGAAAUCAAGAUAAGGAAGAUUGAACGUCUACAGGCAAAUCUACAUCACUGGCGCACCAAGCUCACGCAGAACACAAGAGAGAGUGCACAACGGAAUGAGGUUCUCUUGCUCGAAAAAAAUAAAGUUUUGUACUAUUUUCAACAGCUCAAGGUGCGAAUGAACAUGUUCCGUCGAGUCCAGAUUUGCCGGCUUGCUGAAUUGACCCAAGAUGCACAUACAUGCAAGCAGAAGAUAUCUAAACGAGUCGUUCUUGCAGAGAGAAUUAUUGUACUGGCAGAAAUGGCCCGUAGGAUGGAGACAGAGCAAGAAAAAAUCGUCCCUUUCCAAAACACCAUAGAUCCAAGCAACCCAACAGCUGCCAUAUCGAGUGCAAAACGUGCUACUGAUACCUCUGGUCUGCUAGACCAUGCAUAUUUUGAGAGUGGCGGUAAGGCUGAAGUGCAUCACAACGCACUGGCUUUACAGACAUCGACGUGGAUGCAUGAUGGAGGCCCUGUACCAAAAUGGAGUCACCUAGACCAAUUUCUCCAGAAAUACAACAAGGUGCUACUUGACAAACUGGCAAUCGAGAGCGAGCGGAAGGGUCUCGAGCAGGAAAACACAGAACUUCAGGCUAUUCUUAAGCAGUAUUUCGACGGUGUGUCGGUCAACGAUAGCGUGAUGCAAGCUUCUAACCCACUCUUAAUAGUCAAUGGAAAAGUAAAAGCACCACCACAAACCACCCUAAUGGACCGCAUGGAGCAAUCAACUGUCGUCGAUGCAAACCACAUGGUCACAACUUCCAGGGUUGGCACGAGCUUCUUUUAACUCACCUUCAUGGAGAUACUUACCGCGACUAUCACUUUACCUUACCUGGGCAAUAUACUACUUCGCUUUUGCGGGCCCCGGGUAUUGUGGGCACCCAAAAUGAUAUGUCACUCCGAAUUACUAGUAGUAAUAAAUAAUAACUUGAAAUAGACAAACUUGAAUAACUCAAGGAGGAAU